AUGCCGAGGUCCGGUCGUCCAGCCACCGUUGAUCGACAAGGCAUUCUGAAUGCCCUGGGCGAUGAACCGACGUCGUCCUUGCGCGACUUAAGCAAGGUCACACAGGUACCCGUUUCGCCAUCCACAAAGUCCUUAUUGAUUCUGGCAAGGUGUCGAAGAAGCGUCGAGUUGUCCCUCACGACCUCACGUUGGCACAGGCAAGGAAGCGGGUUGAGAAGGUCAAGGAGCUGUCGCCUUGUCCCAGAAACUUGCAAAUCCGUGGUUGCUCUGGGACAACGCGCGCCCCCACAAAGUGAGGGAUACCCAGGCCGUCUUGGACAGGCUGGGCAUCAGGACGGUCACGCAUCCACCGUAUAGCCUGGACAUCGGUCCAUGCGAUUACCCCAUCUUCCGGUCCAUGCAAAAUUGUUUGGACGGAAAACAGCUGACGAACGAGCGCGACUUCGAGGACAUGAUCGAGGACUGGGCCGAGUCGCGUCCGGCCGGCUUUUGAGGAUGGAGUUGCCUCUCUACCCGAUAGCUGGCUAAAGGCCUUGGGUAUGCAGGGAGAUUAUAUCAUGGACCAGUAAUUUCAACUUGGAAACGAAUCAAGGUAAAGCCAGGCGAAAAACUGGCUACGCAGAAGAGGCCUCUUCUAGCAGACAUGCUUAUAGAAACUUCCAAGAGGCUCGCCAAGGCUGUUGUAGCGAAAGCAAGAAACACAGAAAUAAACGCCUCGUACGAGGAAUUUGA